AGAGCUUAAGUACCAAACGGUUCGCCCCCAAGCAGUUCAAGAACCAAGGUGACCUAGGCGGGACCAAGUCGUGUGUGUUCGGGACAGGCCCGGGGACUCCUAGACAGCCGGAGUCCGCGAAUGUCUCCGCCCUCCCGGGAUCCCCCCGAUCCCCGCCACCCCGGUCCAACUCCACUCACUUCUCGGAGAGUCCGGCCCAGCAUAAUGCUCGUGUUCAGCCGGUCGACACCGGGGCCAGGCGAUUGGUGAGCAGAGAGGUCAACGUCGGCCCCGGCAUUACAUGGGCGCAGCCAUCUUGGGCCGUCAGCGAGGGCUUCAACACCGAGCGUUUCGAUAGGUCGAAUUUCAGACCGAGGCAAAGAUCCUGGCACACGAUUGGCUGGCGCUGCACAGCCUCCCCAGCGGCAAGGCGCGCUGACAGGCAAGGAGACCGUGGGCCGGGCGGAGACGGGAACCCCGAAGCUUCUUACUUGGCCUUGAGAUUGCUGGUCCAGCCCACGGCUUGUCAUUGUUUUUUCUUUUCAAGGGUCGUGGGGAGUGUAAGCAUGGACCCAGCGCUGACUGUUCUGUUAAUUGGCGCAUUUCUGGUGCGGAGAGAUUAGCAAGUGCAUGGUCUUCCUGAAGUUUGCUUCCUAUUGCUCAGGGUUGAAAGUGACCAGUGUGUUUGGCAGGAUUUGACCGAGUUGAAGAGUGAGUUUGAUCCCGGUCCUGCACUUUGUUGGAGGACGCGUUUCCACCACAGUUCAUGAUGGAGGUUUUGAAGACCUGUAUUCGUAGAAGAAAUGCAUGCACUGAGGCUUGCUUCUGGAGACGCCGAGUUGUGCAGACACCCUCCCAUAGAAAGAUUAGGACGACCUCUGCAAGAAGCAGUGUCAUGCCCGCCUGGGUGAUAGAUAAAUAUGGGAAGAACGACGUCCUUCGAUUCACGCAGAACAUGAUGCUACCUGUCAUACACUAUCCAAAUGAAGUCAUUAUCAAAGUCCAUGCUGCCAGUGUAAAUCCUAUAGAUGUUAAUAUGAGAAGUGGGUAUGGAGCGGCAGCUUUGAACAUGAAGCGGGAUCCCCUACACAUAAGAAUCAAAGGAGAGGAAUUUCCUCUGACCCUGGGUCGGGAUGUUUCUGGUGUGGUGAUGGAGUGUGGGCUCGAUGUAAAGUAUUUCAAGCCUGGAGAUGAGGUCUGGGCUGCAGUUCCUCCGUGGAAACAAGGCACUCUGUCAGAGUUUGUUGUAGUCAGUGGAAAUGAGGUUUCUCACAAGCCCAAAUCACUCACUCAUACUCAAGCUGCCUCCUUGCCAUACGUGGCUCUCACAGCCUGGUCAGCCAUAAACAAGGUUGGUGGCCUGAAUAGUAAGAAUUGCACAGGAAAACGGGUUUUGAUCUUGGGUGCUUCAGGUGGAGUUGGUACUUUUGCGAUUCAGAUAAUGAAAGCAUGGGGUGCUCACGUGACAGCAGUUUGUUCUCAAGAUGCGGGUGAACUUGUGAGGAAGCUUGGGGCAGAUGAUAUCAUUGAUUACAAAUCUGGAAGUGUGGAAGAGCAGUUGAAAUCCUUCAAGCCAUUUGACUUCAUCCUUGACAAUGUUGGUGGAUCCACUGAAACAUGGGCUCUAAACUUUCUCAAGAAAUGGUCAGGAGCCACCUAUGUGACUCUGGUGACUCCUUUCCUCCUAAACAUGGACCGCCUAGGCAUAGCAGAUGGCAUGCUGCAGACAGGAGUGACUGUGGGUACAAAAGCAUUAAAGCAUUUCUGGCAAGGAGUCCAUUAUCGCUGGGCCUUUUUCAUGGCCAGUGGUCCGUAUCUAGAUGACAUUGCAGAGCUGGUGGAUGAGGGAAAGAUUCGGCCCGUUAUUGAACGAACCUUUCCGUUUUCUGAAGUUCCAGAAGCCUUCCUGAAGGUAGAGAGAGGACACGCCCGUGGGAAGACUGUGAUUAAUGUCAUUUAAAUAAAUGCUGUGUGUGGUUUAGUGA